CCUGCCAGCAGUGUGGUGUGUGCGCGACAGAGAAAAGGAAAGAUGGCGACGCAGGAGAGCGAAACGACUAAAGCUACCGUGAGCAACGGCGAGGUGAGCAGCAAUGGAACUGCUGCAACAACAGAUGGCCAGACUGUGCAGACAGCUGGAAAUGCACAGGAUCCACAACAGCAACAACAACAGCAGCAGCAAGCACCUAACGCAUGGCAGGUCAUUAAGGGGGUUCUCUUCAGAAUCUUUAUAAUCUGGGCGAUCAGUAGCUGGUUCCGCAGAGGGCCGUCCACUCCUGACCCCAACACGCCAGCUGGUGCGCCCAGAGUACCGAGCAGGAACCUCUUCCCCAAGGACACCCUAAUGGACCUGUACGUGUAUGUGUCCCAGGAGGAGGUGUUUUCUGACUUCAACAACACAGAAGCCCUGUUCUGGUUCCACAGGGACCUUGUCUAUGGAGACUGGACGACGGGGGAGAACGGGGAUGGCUGUUACGAGCACUAUAAGGAGAUGGACAUCCCUGAGAAAGUGCAGCAGAAUGGAUCACUCUACAUGCACGUCUACUUUACUAAAAGUGGAUUUCAUCCAGACCCAAAACGCAAGGGGCAGUAUCGCAGACUGGCAACAGUUCAUUCAACUCGAAUGCUGAAUAAAUUCAAAAGAAGAAAGUUUCUGAAAACCAAGAAUCUGCUAACAGGGGAGACAGAAGCAGAUCCUGAAAUGAUCAAGCGGGCAGAGAGCCAUGGUCCAGUGGAGAUCAUCUCCCAUUGGCACCCUAACCUUACCAUUAACAUGGUGGACGACCACACUGCCUGGGUGAAAGGCUCUGUCCCCCCUCCUCUAGAUCAACAUGUAAAGUUUGAUGCAGUAAGUGGUGAUUACUAUCCCAUUGUUUACUUCAAUGACUACUGGAACCUUCAGAAGGACUACUAUCCUAUCAACGAGACCCUGAAGACACUCCCACUGCGCCUCAACUACUGCCCACUAUCCCUGUGGCGCUGGCAGCUGUAUGCAGCUCAAAAUGCUCGCUCUCCAUGGAACUUCUUACCUGAGGACACAUAUGAGCAGUCUGACGAAGACCAAGACUCUGUCAAGGUGGCCCUUCUGGAAACCAACCCAUACCUGCUGGGACUCACCAUAGUUGUCUCCAUUGUGCACAGCAUCUUUGAAUUUCUUGCCUUCAAGAACGACAUCCAAUUCUGGAACAGCAGACAGUCUCUGGAAGGCCUGUCAGUGCGCUCCAUCAUAUUUGGAGUUUUUCAGUCUCUGGUGGUGCUGCUGUACAUCCUAGACAAUGAAACCAACUUUGUGGUGCAGGUCAGCGUCUUCAUCGGCCUUCUCAUCGACCUGUGGAAGAUCACUAAAGUCAUGGACGUCAAAUUGGACAGAGAGAACAAAAUUGCAGGGGUAAUUCCAAAAUUGGUAUUCAAAGACAAGUCAACAUAUGUGGAGUCAUCAACCAAAAUCUAUGACGACAUGGCCUUCAAGUACUUGUCGUGGCUGCUCUACCCUCUAUUUGGCUGCUAUGCUGUCUACAGUUUAUUGUAUGUAGAGCACAAAGGCUGGUACUCAUGGGUACUCAGCAUGCUCUAUGGCUUCUUGUUAACCUUUGGUUUCAUUACAAUGACGCCACAGCUAUUCAUCAACUACAAAAUGAAGUCUGUGGCCCACCUCCCAUGGAGGAUGCUCACCUACAAGGCUCUAAAUACCUUUAUUGAUGACCUGUUUGCCUUCGUCAUCAAGAUGCCCAUGAUGUACAGGAUAGGGUGCCUCAGAGAUGAUGUGGUGUUCUUCAUCUACCUUUACCAGCGCUGGAUCUACCGGGUGGAUCCCAACAGAGUCAACGAGUUUGGCACCAGCGGAGUCGACCACAUUCAGAACAACACAGCAGAUGCUGCUCCUGCUGCAGCUGCAUCCAUCACAGACAAACCAGAGGGGGAGAAGAAGAACGAUUAAAACAGUAAGGUGCCCUCACCUGCCCCACCCCCCCGGCCCUCACUGCUGGGGCGAAGAGGACUUGUGGAAAUCAGGCAUGGAGGGGAGCCAUUGUUUAGCCGUCAUGGAUGCCACUACAAAAAAAAAAAAGAAAAAAAAGCAGUUCAACUGUUCCCUCUGAUUUCUGUGCGGAUCCACAAAGAAUCAUAUUCAGUUCUAGACUUUGGUCAAUUCUUCUUUCUGUUCCCUGCCCUCUCGUUUUGCAGUUCAAGUGAAGUAAAACAAAACGUGAUGUACUGUAUUCUGUAUGAUUUCUCUGAGGGUAAAAGUGUCUUGGAAUAGAGGCUGGGAGGGAAAUGGGUCGCAGUAACACAGCUAUUUUUUUGAUAUACAUAUACAGGGAAGAACGUGAGACUUUUGUUCUUUGUGUAGAUUCCUUGUGAAUUUUUUUUUUCAUUCCAUGUGAGCACCGUGCUUUCAGAUUGUCUGGAAACCGGUGAGUAGUACUGGAGGAAACUGGAAAGACCCUGAGCCACGACGGAUGUAGAAAAGAGAGACAAGAUGGACGACCCUGCAGAACACUACCCACCAGAGAGGGACCACUACCCUCGAUUUUAAACAAAUGGUUAAUGUUCUUCAGUUGAACAUGAAAAAAUAACAGCCUUGUUGGUAUUAAUAUAAAUAUAUUAAUUGUCAAUGACUUAAUUUUUGUUUUCCAGUCACUGAAACAUUCUUUUGUAUGUCCUCAAACUGUACAGAAUCUCAGCUUGUCAUGUUAAUAAUACCGAUGUCAAAACCGUCUAAGAGUAGCUAAUUUACAGAGUCUAAUUUUUAUUUCACUCCCUCAGCCAGAUGUCUGAAUUUUAAGUUGUUUCACGCUCCAAACCAGAUCCCCCUGACACUGUGGAGACAGGUGUAGGGUGUGUGCUGGAAGAAUUACAGUCUAUUGUUUUAAUUUUAAGUGCUGUUGGUUCCAUGUUGGUACAUAUUACAUUUUGAUUCAUUCAUGUUUAUAGUAAAACUUAAGUGUGAUUUAAAAAGUU